AUCCAAGAGCAAAGCUAUCUGCAUUUAAAGGUGAAAAUGAAAUUAACAAAGCAAAAGACUUAAUAUUAAAGUUAAAUGGGUAUCUCUUAACAUCUACUUCAACCAUAGCUUCUAUAUCAGAUGAUAUUACAA